AGAUGCCCUUUCCUGGUCAAUGCCCUUCUGGUCUCCAGUUUACAAGGGCUUUUACAACAACUUCAGCUCUCAUUCCGAGACAGGCAAGGAUUUUGAGACCCACCAUGGGGCUGUUUAGUAUCAUCAUCAGCACUCUCUUUUUCAUUGGAGCAGCAGGGUCUGCUGAUGAUGUCUUUGAUCUCACUGAUGCCUUGGAUCCUGCUGUGCCUUCCCAGAUUAACCCAGAAAAAGAAUUGUGUCCCAAUGACGCCCGAGACAUUGCCUUCCUGAUUGAUGGUUCAACCACUGUACGGCCUACAGAAUUCAUGCAGUUCAAGUUGUUUAUUGCUCUUAUGAUGAAAAGCUUUCCUGAAAAUACGCAGUUCUCUCUCCUGCAGUUCUCUAAUCGCUUUCAGGAACAUUUUGACUUCAGACAUUUCCACAGAAAUCGAGACCCUGACCGCCUCAUGAGAGAGGUUCAUCAGCUAGGAGGCUCCUCAUACACAGCCAGUGGGAUCAAGAAAGCUCUGGAGCUAUUCACCACACAGAAAGGUGCUCGAAGUACAGCCAAGAGGUUCCUUGUGGUGCUGACAGAUGGGGAGAAGUUUGGGGACACCCUGGAGUAUGGAGAGGUUAUUGAGGAAGCCAAUAGAGCCAGAGUUACACGCUUUGCAAUUGGGGUUGGUUUGGUAUUCACAAGCAAAACUGCUCAGAGGGAGCUCCAUUCCAUUGGCUCCCAUCCUAUAACAGACCAUGUUAUUGUUGUGAGACACUUCUCCGGCCUCCGGGACAUCCAGACGCAGCUGAAAGAGAAGAUUUGUGCCAGUCACGGCCUAGGAGUUCCACACUCAACAAGAGCACCACCGCGGUCGACGGACACCUGCACCACGCAGCCUGAUCCCCAGGUGCUGCAGAAACUGGAACAAGUGCUGAGAGGCCUAGAUCUGGUCAAAACAAAGCUGGAUUUGCUGGAAGCUAGACAAGGGAAAUGUGGGCACCCUAUCUAGAAUGUGUCCUGAACUAUCAGAUGGAGACAAGGUGAUCUGAAGCAGGAAACAAGAGGCAGAGGGGGAAGCAUGAGAAGCUCCAAGAAAUGGCAAGACAGAGUUUGUGUGUCAAGAACAUUUGUUUGUUGGUUGCAUAUUCAUCCAAUAAAAAAGUUAACCCUUUUAAUGUGGCCUCUUAUAGGAUGCUGAUACAAAUAAAGCCACCUACUCUCCA